AUGGCGAGACCCCAAGAUACGGCUUUGGCCCGAUUCCAUGGCCUCCCUAAGGUGCACAAAGACGGUGCUCCUCUCCGACCCAUCGUGUCGCUCAAAGGGACUCCAACGUACGGACUGGCUAAGUGGCUAUUCCGGCGUCUCAAGUUCCUGACCGCUGAGUCCGACACCACGGUCUCUUCGUCAGCACAAUUCCUGGGGAAACUCAAAGGGGUAAGCAUCCAUCCAAAUGAGGUCAUGGUAUCUUUUGAUGUUACAUCCCUUUUUACUUCUAUUCCCCAGGACCUGGCGAUCGAGACAAUUGAGUUGCUACUACAAAGCAAAUACAAUGAAAUGGAGAACCGUCUUGGACACGCCCAAGACCUUCAGCUCCUGAAGCUCUGUCUCAGGACGUACUUAACAUUCGACGGGACAAUCUACGAAAAGGUGAAGGGCACACCUAUGAAUUCGCCGAUUUCGGGGUUCAUCGCCGAGGCGGUCCUGCAACGGUUAGAGUCGCUGGUCUUCCAACACCACAAACCGACUUUCUGGGCCCGGUAUGUGGAUGACACCUUCGUCGUUAUCGAUCGGGAUCAACUGCUGACAUUCAAGGAACGUCUAAAUGCGGUCUUCCCGGACAUUCAAUUUACGAUGGAGGAGGAAGAGAACAACCAGCUGACCUUUCUGAAUGUUCUCGUAUGCCGCAAAGAUAGUGGUGAACUAAAAAACCAAAUUGUUCAGGAAAGCGACAAAUACGAUGCAAGUACUGAACUUCAACGGUAA